GCCAGUGACCUGCGUUUCUGAAAGAUUAAGUUCAGAGAUUUAUAUCGAAUUAAAUAUAUUCAGUUGUAGUCGGUUCCCUGUGCGCUCCACAGUGAGAAUAUGCCCAUUAUUAACUGAAUACGCUAAUUUAUUGAGAAAUAGAAGAGAGAAACUCGAGCAUUAAGGGAAAGUCCAUUAUAAACUACGCAUGAAGAGUCGCGCGCUGAAUAACGCUCCCUGUCUCCUAGGCAACAGCAGAGCAGCGUCACGCUGUGAAACAGGCUAGUGCUAGUCAGCUAGCUCUUUAGCUUCCAUACAACACUCAAGAGAAAAAGAGAAAAAUACAUCCAAAAUGCAGAAUAGCUCGUUUUUUGACAGCAUCAAAUCUCAGCUCCCUUCCCCUGAUUUUGACUCAUCAUCCUCGUCAGACAAUGAAGAAGAACUAUCUAUUUAUCAGAGACCAUCUCUCUUCAAGUUUCCUGAUGGGACAGAAUUUAACCUGGACGUCUUGUCAUUGGAGGAACUGGGAACUGAGGAUCUCCUCGAACCAGAAACUCAGCCAUUCCCUGACGUCUAUGAUAAUGGUUUAAACAAUCAGGAAGAUGAUGUUACACCUCAGCUCUCUGUAGAGCACAGAGACAAUUUAGCUCAAGUUGCUACAGGUCUUCAAUUCGAAAAAUCUACUGUCAACUCACCAGAACCAGAAAAACUCACCAAUAAAUCUGAGGAGCAUCCAAAAUCACCUACUCUUGUGCACCAAGAGAAAAAGAGCAACUCAGACACGAAGGUUGCUGAAGGAACGUCAUUAUCAGAGUGUACAAAACCUAAAAGUGAACGAUUUCUCCAGACAUCUGGAGAAGUCUGUAAAACACAAUCUGUAGAAAAGAAAGAGCAGAUACAUACACGAUCGUAUCCUGUUUUGUCUUUGAAACCUCUAGAGAACUGGGAUCUGGAUCUGGUUCUGCAGUCUCUUAAGCAACAUGGCCAUCGCAAACACACCACUAAACAAGAAGAGCUGGACUUCUAUCAGUUGUUUAAAUAUACAGAUGAUAGCAGAAAAACAUCAGAGGUUAACAUAAUGGAGCAGUUGGCUGCUUACUGCAGGAGACAGGCAUGUAAGGAUACAGAGACAGAGACAAUCAGUGUAUCUAAGAGAAGUUCUAGUAGAUCUACAACCACAAGAAAGGCUGCUGGACAGACAGAUGAUUUUAAUGAUAUUUCAAGUAGACUACAUUUGAAAAAUAAGGAUCCUCCCACUAUAUAUAUUGAUUUGCGCAACACAGAGCAUCAGACAAAAUCAACAGUUAUUUUUAAUACAUCCACACACGCACAGGAGGAUCUACCAAAGCAAGUCGUAUCCACUGAGAGAGUAGGAGACAAACAUACAGAGGCAGUAAAUAAAACAAGGAUGCUUUCUGGGAAGAGUUUAUUACUCCAAAAAAUAAAAGAGGCAAACCAAACCAGGCCAGAAAGCUCUUUCAAAAGGAAAAUUCCUGAAGAUUCUGCCAAGCCUGCAGAAGAAAUGACCUCUGGAGUAGUGGAAGCUUGGCACAGAAGUGUAAAUGCACCUUCUGAUAAACAGCCGAGCGGACCAGCUCCCAUUACGACUGCAUGUGAUGAGUCUAUAGCAUUGACUGAUAAAACACUAAAGGCUGCAGUUCAGUCACAAAAGGAUGAGAGCAGUGACCACAUGCAGAAGAACAGAGCGCAGCGGCAACAGUAUCUGAAGUAUCUACUCACCUUCAGGCCACAGCAAUCUACAAACAGAAAGCAGAGUGCUGCUGAGAUGACUGACGUUCUUUAUGAUACUGAUGGAUCUUAUCUUCCAUCAGUUAGCACUCUGCCUUCCUACCUCAAAAGCAGCGAGUGUUUGCUUUUAAUGGUGCCCCUCUUGAGCCCUGGUGUGGUGGCAGGACAAACAAAAGAAAAGGCACAGACAGUGGAGUCAACAUCACUCUUAUCACAUGUUUACAAUUCCCUGAUAGCGUGGUUCAUGUCAUUGGCCAAACCCAGCAGCUGUAGCGCAGACGACAGUGUGACAAACACUGCGCCAUUUUGGGUCACUGGGCUGCAGCAGUUCUGGAAGAAUGAUUCCUUAGUACUUUACAUCUGCGCUGUGCCUCCUGACGAAACCGCGUCUCCACGCAAAUUUCAGAACAUGAAGAGGGGCUGGACAUCAUUCCAUCAGCGAGUGUCAAAAUUCCUGGCUCAGACUCAGCUGAGGACAGUGGCAUCCUGGCUGCCAGAGCUUAACCACCUACUGGAACAGCAAGCUCAUCCUGCACUCGUCUCUUUGCCCUCUUCAAGGCUUGACUGCUUUGUCUCAAUUAGCUCUGACAAAGAGCCUGCCAAAGAGGCCUUUGGAACAAAUCCUGGUUUCUACUGGCAGACACUCAGCAUUCAAGAACAAAUAUGUCAGUGGGCAGAGGCCACGACUUCUCAGCAGCCUCACACUGAGGUAAUGUUGGCUUUGGUGUACCAGGGAAUGUUUCAUAACCCACUGGCAACACAUCAUACCCUUCAGCUUCUGUUCAGCUCAGGCCUGGAUGUGUGCGGCCUCCGCUUCGCCUACCCUUGUAAAGAACUCCUAGCUAACAGUGCAGUGCUUGGGAUGAGUGGGCAGAGAUGGUUUUCCGAGCAGCCAUUGCUUGCCAUGGCUAUCCGUGGUCCUCGCGCUAGGGCAGUGUGGCAAGAGAUUACUGGGCCCUCAGACCCCAUGCUGGCACGCAAGACUGACCCAGCCUCUAUUAAUGCCCUACACUGCCACUGCCAAGAGCGCACUCUGUUCCACUCCCCACGCCUGGACAGUCUAGUUCACUUGGGUUUGUGUGUGUGGUUUGGUGGGAGACUGCCAAAUAAUGAUCCCAGGAUGACUGCCCAGGUUCAGUGUUCUAGUGAUAGAGGAGACACAGCCUCUUCACCUACUAUGCUUUGUGCCACAGCAAAAGCGGAUGUCUUUCUGCUCGUAUCUCCAGUGGUUCCACCAUGUUGUUACAGCUUUGUGCUGGCUUCAUGUGCAAAGAGAGGCUUCCAGCUGACGGGGCUGCAGAGAGUGCAGAUAUCCAAUAUGAGAGCUUCAUCCCUCGGCCUCAACACUGAGCAGAUGUUGACCUUCUGUCAUGCACCUGUGGUGAGCAUGGAUGAAGCACUGCUUGAACUCUUCUCUCACUGCCUGGUGCUGUUGCUGAGGAGAGAGAAUGCACUCCGCCACACUGCCAACCUGCCUACAGGUUUGAUGAACGAGCUGGCUUUGCAAGGCUUAGUGGGACUGCUUCGUACCAGACUGCCAGGCAGCGUUCACCUCACAUCAGAUCUCUGCUUUCAUGCCAUACCUUAUAUGGAAGACCUCUUCAACUUUCUUGGAGACCACAUGUGGACGGUACCAGACUUCAGCCCUGUGGUCCUUUCAAAGCACAGAUAUCCUUCAUGCAGUGAGACAGAGCAGAUUGUGAUUCUCACACUGACUGGUCACAACAUCAUGGAGAAGGGCAUGAGUCUGCUUCACAAGGUUCUCAGGGGAAAUCAAGCAGGAGGAGUGGGUGAGGACAGAUUUGAGUUGUUGGCUCUGAAAUGGCUGCCCACGCUGUCCUGGCAGCAGGCGCAGGAGCUGAGCCCUUUCGAGGUCAGUGAGCGCCAGUGGCACAAUAGUGUGGUAAGCCUGGUCUCCUGUCCGGCCCUGGUCUGUGCCGUUAGAAGGCCGCAGGCAUUCACCAAUAUGCAAAGACUUUUACCACAAGACUAUCCUGGAGAUCUGAGUGUGCUGAUGUCAUCCACCCCUGAAAUGGCCUUCAGACAAGCCACCCUUUUCUUUACCAAGACAGAGAUGAUCCCAGAUCACAGCAGCCGAAUUAUGUUUAAAUUUCUGCCACCUCCAACCAUAGGCUCUGCAAGUCAGUCCUUGUUCAGCUGCAUGACAGAAGGUUCACAGCCUCUCCUCACUUUGGCAUUGUUCAAGCCUGGUGUCUGGAGUCAUUACUUGGGCAAAAUUCUCAGCAAGAUCCAGCAAAACAGCUUCACUGUAGUGGGCUUGCGCAUGCUUGUGCUCAACUCAGAGAUGGCAAACACACUGAUGAACGUAUCAGAACAUCAGGAUUUAAUAAAUGGAAACCAUCUGGGUGAGCCUUCUGAGAGAGACUUGGAAUUGAAGUACCUGACAUCAGGACCUGUUCUGGCAUUGUGCCUACAGAGGGUGAAUGCUGUUAAGAGGCUCCUGGAGUUGUUGGGCCCUGAGGAUCCAGCUCAAGCACGACUUGAAGAUCUCCACUUCUGGAGGGCCAGCUACGGCACUGACAGAUUGCAUAACGGCAUCUAUGGAUCAGUUUCUUAUCCGCAGGCUGUGCAGGAUUUAAAGCUGAUGUUCCCAGAAGGUGUAUGCUGCACAGAAACAUCAGUCAUGAAGCAUGAGCAGAUACGCUGUUUGAGAUCAGACCCAGUGGCUAGUCUGGAACGGCAGCAGUCUCAUACCAUCGCUAACUCGGCCAAAAACAACCUCUUCCAGUCUCUCAUGGAGAAGUCAGAAUUGAUUGGAGCAGGGUUCUCAGUGCGCAGUGCUCUCUGCCAGACCACGUGCCUCAUUAUGCCCUCGUGUGUACUCCAGCUGAGCCGCCCACCUCUUCACCUGGAUCUGCUGCAACGACUGCUAAGCUCAGGCUGCCACGUGGUGGCCGGGAGACUCUGCUCACUAGACCAAACCCAAAUAACUCACCUGUCUCUGUUCCUGAUGCCCACCACUGGUAAAGAGCUUAAAGAACCUCUUCUGUGUGAGGGACCAUGUCUUCUUCUCGCUCUGCAAAUGGACAACAUCGUGACAUGCUUUGAUUUGAUUCUUGAAAGGGUUUGUCGGGAUAUGCCAGACUUGGAGAAAGUAAGGAAGAUGCUUCUUUACCCCGGCACUGAACCUGAGGCAGUGAAGUUACUGUGCUACCUGUUUGAUGUUCUCUCUCCUGACAGUCACCACAGCAUAGUGCCGCAAUAAUCUGCAUCAAUAUACCGUUACUAAAGUGUGAUCAAUGAAUAUUUUAUUUUACAUUUUGCUAUAAAUUGCAUGGAAAAUGUGUAUUUUAAUUUUGCGCAUAUAUCCGUGGUGUUACAGGUUGUGUAUUAAAACCACUUCAAGUGUUUUAAAGGAAUUUUGAAGCUUUUUGUGUUGCUUUAUUACAGAAAUGCUUAAUACAGUCUGUGGCUUUAUGAGGAUUUGUUGUGCAAUUCAAGUCAUUUUAAGAGCUAAAGGAAAGUGGUCCAAAAGUUAUUGAAGAAAAAAAUCUACUUCAGACAUUUGACCUUACUGUGACCUUGACCCUGUUUAGAUCAAUUCCAAAAUCGAAUCAGUUCAUCUGCUGCUUAUCGAGAUAACUUCACGUCAAUCCUACAAACUUUCAACAAAUCGUUCUUGAGAUAUCACUCUAACAACAACAUGGACAACCUGAAAACCUCACACAAUCAGGCAUAAAAACGGUGGAGGCAUUAAAAAAAUAAAAAGAAAAAAAGAAGAAUACAACACACUUACACAAGGUUAAGAUCAAAAAUUAUUUUUAAUUCCCAAUAUGAUAAAAAUAAUUCCAUGGAUUUUGUAAACCAUUGCAUAACUGCUGUAGUGUACAUAAAUGUUAACAAUUUUAAAUGAUACACUAUGAAUAAAACUUUUACGCAUUAUAAAUAAUAAUAAUAAUAAUCAUGUCUUACCUAAAUUUUAGUGAAGAAAAUCCAUUUUGAUCUUUAAUUCCAUCAAUACACUCAACUAUUCCAUGAAGAAGCCUCCACAGAUUAAAAC